AAGUGGUUUCCUGCCUCUCAUUUCGAAGAUACGGACAGAUCUUUUAGUAUGACUGACUUUGGAUUGAAGAGACUAAAGAAAAUUGGGAGAAAUAGUGGGAUCCCAAUCCAAUUCUUCAUACCAACAUUGCCAAACUCUGACCCUUUCAACCCCAGACCUUCACUCCAUUUUCCCCCAUCCAACCAUUCAGUGACAGUCAGCAGGCCUUUCCCUCUGUCGCAUGGGACAACAACCUUGGGUUUCAUCUACCAAGGUGGGGUCAUUGCAGCUGCAGACUCACGUGCCAGUGCUGGGGGACGUGUCGAGGGUCCAGCUGUUCACAAGAUUACCCCUAUUCACUCCCAUUUAGUGGUCACCUCCUCUGGUAGCGGUGCAGAUUGCAUGCUGUGGGAGAGAAUUCUGGCCAGAGAGAUCAGACUCUACCAACUGCGGCACAGACGUUGCCUUUCAAUAUGUGGCACUGCCAAGCUCCUUUCAUUUAUGCUGCACCCCUUUAAAGGGACUGAUGUGUGUGUGGCCCUGACAUUGUGUGGCUGGGAUAAGGAAGCAGGUAACACUGACUGUGUGAAGAAGUCAGAAGACUCAUCCUUUAUUACUGAUUAUAGCUCCUCGGCUGUUGUAAGAAGACAGGAUGUCACUGCGAUGGCACAUUCUGCAUCCUCUAACAGAGGCCCAAAGCUGAUAUAUGUGUGCAGUGAUGGCGCCCGACUGCAGGGAGACACCUUUUCUGUGGGCUCAGGCUCUCCUUAUGCUUAUGGGGUCCUGGAUAGAGAGCUAAGGUGGAGCCUGAGUAAAGAAGAGGCCAUCUCCUUGGCAAGAGAAGCAGUGUUCAGGGCCACUCACAGGGACGCCUACUCAGGAAACAACGUGGACAUCUUCCACAUUACAGCCCAGGGAUGGAGCCAAAGAAAGAGAGAGGACUUGAAAGAGGAAUAUUAUAGAGACAUGGAGAGGAGGACAAAGAUAGCUCAGGAAAGAAAAAGAGGGACCGAAUUAGAUGCUUUGGGAUGAAGAAAAAAAUUGGUGGUGUUUCAGGGGUGCUAAAGAUUAAAAAUAGUGUAAAGUCAGUCACCUCAGUUAAUCCAAUUUUGUCACCUAGCUAGAAUAAAUCUCUACUAAAUGCAU